CAUGUGGGGAGACAUCUCCAUGACUGAAAGCCAGGAUGUGUUUUCAUGAGUCAAGCAAAUGAUCUUCUUCGCUGGGACCUCUGGGAUUCUACGUGUGGAUGUUUUAAAAUAGGCUCUGACAGACCUUCAGCACACUGUUGGCACCAUGCCUUACCAUGAUGAGGAGUACCCAGGUCAGCCUCUGUGGCAGUCUGUGCUGCUCUUCUGCUGUAAGGGCAUGAUCGAGGGCAUCAUGGUCGUACUCUUCUUCUGGCUCCUGGUGCAAGUCCUUUUCACCAAACAUCUAGAAGUUCACCUCCAAAUUCUUCUUCUGGUCGGACUGACAGUCUUUUGUCUGUGCUUGGUCCUGGGAUGUAUUUUGUGCUUGAGGACAAGUCAGAUAUGUGCAGUGACAGACAAAGAUCCUGUGACGUCAGCACCGGCUCCUGCUGAACCUGUGACCUUUACUCAGACUCCGCCUCCCUCAGCAGUGACGGUGGCGUCCAGGCAGCAGUACGAGGAGCUGGAUGGAGACACAGUGGAGUAUCCCUCUACUUUCACCAGCCCUACCCCUUCAGAGGGUGAAUUCAGCACUAAGUCGUCCUCUAAACGAGCCAGAGCUGCCUCUGAACAGAAGGAGCAGCAGAAGUCUUAUUUUUCCCUACGCCGCCUCAGCACACCACCACUAACAUCACCCCUUUAUAAACCCAUACAUCCCAGUCCUGCUUCCCUGCCUACAUUUCCCAAACUGGGACUGUUGUCCAAAACAUGUAAGGCCCUGCACAGGCGCUGCAUGCUGACUGGAGAUAAAACAUCUUAUAAUGAACACAGCAGGCUCACCAGCCCCAGUGCUGUCUCUCCUUCUAUGCCUGAAGAACCGAUCCCGCUGGCUCCACUGAGCUACGGCUCCAGUGCCAGCUGCCAACAGCCAGUAUCACCAAAACCCUGCCUCCAUUUCACUAUGGCCUUCUCUCCAGAGCAGCAAACCCUGGCAAUCACUAUCCUCAGCCUCACUGGGACACCACACAGACUGGAGGACGUGUCUGUGCUGGGCAGCCUGCCGCCUCUGUACCCCUGUCCCGUACAGGCCUCUGCACAGAGCAGCCCUGAGACCCACAGCCUGGUGCUGCUUCUGAAGAUGAGCUCUGUGAAGGAGCUCCAAAAGUGUGUACUGAGAGUAGCCGUAUACACACAGGAACCUCCCAGCAUGAGAGGCACCACACUGGGUGAACUGGAGGCUGAGUGUGGAGGAAGGGACUGGAGAGCAGAGCAUCCAUUUCACUUCACAAAAGAGCUCAACCCAAACAAGUGGAAGCUGAAAAAGAUUCUGAUCCCACAGGAUGCAGCGAUGUGUAAGGGGCUUAGCUGUCCUCCACAGAUCUUCAUUUUGCUUCAGUAUCAGCCUCUGGGCCAUCGCAUCAAAGCCACGGUCCUCAGAGCAGAUAACCUAGACAGCCUCGUUCACACGUUUGCAGCAGCAGAACACCAGGUGGUGAUCAAUCUGCAUCAUGAAGGAGUCGUGAUCUGCAGCAAAGAAACUGAAGGAGGAUCCUGUACUGUGUGGAACACUUCUUUCCUGUUUGACCUGCCUCCAGGAGACAUCACUCAGCUGCCCCUCAUGCUUGAGUUCAUAAUCAUGCAGGUCCUUUCAGAGAGCAAAGUCCUUGGUCGAGUCCUGAUCGGAGCAGAGGCUGCAGACGCAGGACGUGCUCACUGGAGGGACAUGUGUAGCCUGCAGGUGGAGCAGGCACGCUGGCACACUGUGCAACCAGAGCCUCUAUAGAUCUCUGACACAGGUGUCCUGUUUGUAAUGUCCUGAGGCACUGUAUGAACUCCAUGUGCACCUAAAAUAAGCUAUUACAGGUCACCUUUGCCAUGAAAUGCAUACAGCUAAUGUUUCACUUAAAUGAUGUGUUUACUGACAGUUCUAACGGGCAGAUAUAUGGGCACUGCGCUCAACAAUAAAAUCUCUACAAUGGCCUUAUUUCAGUGUAUCAACCUGUGAAUUCUCCCAUAGGAAGGUACUGUAAGUGCACACAGUGACCUUUGGAACAGCCCAGUGUAAGUUCAGUUUGCA